UUGUAUCUCCAUUGUCCUAUCAGAUAACAUUUUCAAUCAUUAAUAAAAAAUUCUAAAUGCAAUAAAUAUAUAUAAGUUAUAUUAUUAGCAUUCAAUUUCAAAUAUAACCAUUUUGCUAAAUAUAUAUAUUUUUCAAUGAUGUAGGAUAAGAUUUCGAAAAUGCGUGAAUUCGGAAGUUUUGGUCCAUUGAUUGGAGCUAUAGAUGAAGGAACUUCGAACGUUAAAUUUUUGAUAUUUGCAGCAAACACUUCAGAAGUGUUGACUUAUCAUCAAUUACCCCUGAAAAGAUUUAGCCCUCAACAAGGUUGGGUAGAACAAGAUUCUUUGGAAAUUUUAAGUGCUGUAUUAGAAUGUAUUGAAGUUACUAUAGACAAUUUAAAAAAGUUGGAUAUUGACCCAGCUGAUGUUGUUGGUAUUGGCUUAACAAAUCAAAGAGAAACAACAAUUGUUUGGAAUUCCUCAACUGGGGAGCCUCUUUAUAGCGCAAUAGUGUGGCUGGAUGUGAGAACUUCAAAAAUUGUUGAUGAAUUAAAUAAAAAUAAAGGCGCACAAAGUAUUAAUGCUGUAACACAAACUAGUGGUCUUCCAUUAUCAACUUAUUUCUCUUCUGUUAAGUUGAAAUGGCUCUUGCAAAAUGUAACAGCAAUACAGGAUGCUGUAGCGUCAGGAAACUGCAUGGCUGGUACAGUGGACUCAUGGUUAAUUUGGAAUCUGACCGGUGGCUGCCGUGGUGGUGUUCAUGUAACAGAUGUAACAAAUGCAUCAAGAACCCAAUUGAUGUCAUUAAAAAGUUUGCAGUGGGAUAGAGGACUUUUACGUUUUUUCGAUAUACCAGUUGAAAUACUACCAAAGAUAAAAAGUUCCUCAGAAAUAUAUGGCUAUAUAGCUACAGGAUCACUUCUUGGAACACCAAUAGCUGGGUGUUUAGGGGAUCAACAGUCUGCAUUAGUGGGACAAAAUUGUAUGAAAUUUGGGCAAGUAAAAUGUACAUAUGGCACAGGAUGCUUUCUUUUGUACAAUACAGGUGAAUCUAUUGUACAUUCGCAAAGUGGUUUGCUUACAACUGUGGCCUAUAAACUUGGACCGGAUGCGCCGGCAAUUUAUGCAUUAGAAGGAUCAGUUGCAGUAGCAGGUGACACACUGCAAUGGUUACAGAAGGGCAUGGGAAUAAUAAAUGAUAUAUCGGACACGGAAGUCCUCGCUACUCAAGUAGCUGAUAAUGAAGAAGGAAGUGUAUGUUUCGUGCCAGCAUUUAAUGGUCUAUACUCGCCACAUUGGAGGAAGGACGCGAGAGGUAUAAUGUGUGGUAUAAGCAGUACUACACGUACUGAGCAUAUAAUUCGCGCCGCGCUGGAAGCGGUGUGCCAACAGACCCGCGCGGUCGCUAUGUCCAUGGCCACGGAUUGCGCGCCGUUACGGAAGCUCCUCGCUGACGGGGGCAUGGCACAAAACUCGACGCUUAUGCAGAUGCAAGCUGACACGCUUGGCAUUCCAGUGAUUCGGCCAUUGAUGAUGGAGAGCACAGCACUAGGGGCGGCGAUAGUGGCGGGCCGCGCUUUACGUGUGUGGCCGGCCAGCACACCUAGCUCGCCUUCGGACACCUUUAUACCAGCUAUUUCGAAUGAAGAUCGAGAAAUCCGCCGUAAACGUUGGGAAGACGCACUUAAUAGAUGUAUGGGAUGGGUUAACGAUGAUGAUGAACAAAAGACGGAAAAUGAAGAUGAAAUUGACCGCACAGCUACAGUGUUACCACCAGGGCUAUUUUUCCUUGGGACAGCGAUUCUUGUUGUUUUAGCAGAUAAAUUGAAAAUGUUGCCAUAAUGUUUAGAAAUGUAGUUUCCUUAUUACCUUUAUGAAUAGUCAUAUUAUAACCAGUAUUACUAUGUGUUAGUGAGUUUAACUACUGUUAUAAAUAUAGAAAAUAUUUAA